AUGGAAGCGCAGUACAUCACAAUCACCUUUGGCACUCGCCGCCGUCUCAUCGCUCGUCCAGACUCUUACGGCAACCUGAUUGAGAAGGCUCGAGCUACGUUCGACAUCAAAGCGGCCGACUUGGUCGUUCUUUGCUCUUCCAAGCCCAUGAAGGAAGAGGUUGAAAUCGAUGAAUCAGCCUACGGGGCGGUCGCAAGCGGUUGGAUUCUCCGCCUGGAGGCGACAUCUGACCGGCUCAUCGAACCCGAUGACGAGCCCGAGCAGCGUCGCAGCACUGCCCAGCCAACCUCGCCGGUCAUUGAGUUUACUGUCAAAACUUUGAAUGGCUUAAUCAUGCGCUUGAACAUGUCACCUGCCGACACUGUCUUCGACCUCAAGAUGCUCAUCCUAGACAAGGAAGACAUUAUGCCUGAACUUCAGAGACUCAUUUACAAUGGUCGGCGAUUGAAAGAUGAGAGAACCUUGAGCUACUACUCCAUCACAAACAACUCCUCAUUGUCCCUAAUCCCCAGGCAGAGGGGUGGAAAACCAGCAAUCUACCUCAUGUCGCCAACGGAACUCAAGGAUGUCGAUGUCAAAGUAGACCUCUCUCAUCACUGGACCUUCAUGACCAUCUAUCCCCUCGUCGAAGGGGCCGUUGGACAGAACAGCGUCUUCUGGCAGGUCUCUGCCGGACCUGAUGGCACUCUGGAGGACAAUGCCACCGGCACGGAGUGCAGCUACCUGUUCUGGGAAGCCGAUGCCUUGGCUGACCCUUCGUCGGACGUCCCAGAGGCCUUUUGCUUCAACCCUCAAAACCCUCUCGCAUACUUUAUUGACAACUACGUCCUUCCCUUCGCCGUUUUUGUACCCUACCUCGACCGAGUCCUUGCUAGCCUCACCCUCACCCCGGCAAUGCGGACCGAGAUGGUUGUGUACUGGCUCCCCAAGUUCCAGAAAAUCCGCGACCGAGGUCUCCAAAUCGCGUUCAACUUCAUUCCGCAGGCCGACUUCGAGAAGGCAGAUUUUUAUUCGAGGUUUUGGAGAGGCGGUCUACAGAUUCUCAUAGACAAUGACCGCGUUUUUAGCAUGACUCGAAUCGUUAAAAACAAAACCCUUGCUUUUCCUACUUCAUGGAAACAAACACAUUUCCCAUGGGAAGCUUCAAUCUUCGACAGCCCCUACCAAUCGUAG